AUGUUCGUCUCUCGCCCUGUUACCAUCGGCUCGAGGGCCUCCAUCCGACUGACCAGGACGGCAUUCAGGUCCAUAGCCACUGCUCCCAGUUUCCCCUUCUCACGUCCUCGCGGCGCUGAGCCCCCGGCAGAGUACGCCAAACUGCGAGAAACCGACCCGGUAUCCAAGGUCAAGCUCUGGGAUGGCAGCCAGGCAUGGCUUGUGGUCAAGCACAAGGAUAUCUGCAGCGUCUUGACGGACCAGCGGCUUUCCAAGCAACGCAACCGUCCUGGCUUCCCUGAGCUUGACCCGGGCGGCAAGGAGGCAGCGAAGAGGAAGCCAACGUUUGUCGACAUGGAUCCGCCAGAGCAUAUGCAGCAGAGGAGCAUGGUUGAGCCCCUGUUCACCCGCGACCAGAUUGAUGCCAUGCGGCCACACAUCCAAAAGACGGUCGAUACCUUGCUUGCGGAUAUGAUCAAGGGCGGCGGCAAGACUGCAGUCGACAUUGUCGAGAAGCUCGCAUUGCCGACUGCAUCAUACAUCAUCUAUGGCAUCCUCGGUGUUCCAUUCGCGGACCUCGAGUAUCUAACUCAACAAGCAGCUAUCCGUAGCAAUGGCAGUGCCACUGCGACCGCAGCCUCCAUGGCAAACCAGGAACUGCUUAACUACAUUGGCAAGCUAGUUGACCAGAGAGUCGCCGAGCCAAAGAGCGACCUCAUCAGCAAACUCGUUGUAGAACAGCUCAAUCCAGGCCAUAUCCAGAGGGAUGAUGCUAUCCAGAUGGCGUUCUUGAUGCUUGUGGCUGGAAACGCCACGAUGGUAAACAUGAUCAACCUGGGCAUCGUGACUCUCUUUGAGAACCCGUCCCAGCUGGCGGACCUCAAGAAAGACCCGUCCCUCGCACCGCAAUUCGUGGAAGAACUUUGCCGCUUCCAUACGGCAUCCGCCAUGGCAACUCGCCGUGUUGCGAAAGUUGAUAUCGAACUCGGUGGCAAGACCAUUAAAGCCGGUGAGGGUAUAAUCGCCGCCACGCAGUCAGGUAACCGUGACGCCGACAUCUUCCCCAACCCGGACACUUUCGACAUGUACCGCAAGCGUGGUGCAGAGUCAGCCCUUGGCUAUGGGUACGGCGAGCAUCGCUGUGUUGCCGAAUGGUUGGCUCGCGCCGAGCUUGAAAUCGUCUUCUCUACCUUGUUCCAGCGUCUUCCGGAUCUGAAACUGGCCGUCCCGCUCGACCAGAUAAAGUACUCUGACCCAUCCAAGGAUGUUGGAAUCACCGAGCUUCCCGUUACUUGGUAG